GGUCACGGGAAAUGGACAGCACUAUCUUUGCAUGACUUCAGAGGUUGAAACAGAGAGCAAACGCAGCCAAAACAUUGCUUCUUUAUCGGGAUCUUUCGACAGAUCGAAUUUUAAAAUGCCACAUCAAGCCACCGGGCUGAAGCUCUAAACUCUGGGUCCAUCCCUCGUCUACUGUACUGCACAGUCACCAUGUCCUCCAACCAAGAUAUGCCAACAUAUGAUGAGAAUGAAUCUAAAUUUAUGAGGAAAGCGAAGGAGUCUCCGUUUGUCCCAAUAGGCAUGGCAGGAUGCGCUGCAGUGGUCGCCUUUGGUCUGUGGAGGCUCAAGUCGCGGGGAGACACAAAGAUGUCAGUCCACCUCAUCCACAUGCGUGUUGGAGCUCAAGGCUUUAUAGUAGGCGCAAUGACAUUAGGGGUGAUCUACUCUAUGUACAAACAAUACCUUGCCCCCACGGACCCAGGUAAAGACAGCAAGUGAGCCUACUAGCGAAUCAGCAAGUGACAUGACCAGAAAACGCUCCAUGCCUGCCAUUUCUGCAUUCUACCCUUAAAAUAGAAAUCAUAGAAUGGAUUAUAUCUGUCAAAAUAACAUUCCAUUCAUGGCAAGUCAUUUAUUUUGGUGAGGGUGUCAUUUAAGCUAAGCAGCAUUUUUAUCUGGCAGUCACUUUGAAGAAGGUUAGUACAUUUCAGAGGAAGUCGAGUGGCACAUUCUGUUUCAAUCAUUAACUCAUUGCUAGACACCUGCUGUAAACCACCAGUAAAAUGCCACCUUGAAGGCGACCAGCACACCCAUAAACUCCUAUAGCCGAUCCACUCAUUGACCAUUGUCAGCCUCACCAUGUAGUGUUAUUGUAUAAUAAAUAAUAUUGGUUAUUUUCUAAACUCUA